UUUUUUUUUUUUAAGGUUUCUUCGGUUGCACAUCUCCAGAUAUAAGGAUAUCACUGAGACAGUGCAAAGUUAGUUGCGAAAGAAUCAACUUUAGAAUGGCCAGCAUUCUUUUGCAUGUUCCCCCCUUGCUCAUGUUCUAGCUAAGCCCGGGACCUUUCCUUUUGUUCAUUCUAUACAUGCCUAUAAAGGCCUGUCCGAGCCUAUAUGUUAUAUGAGCUCCUUCUUCAUGCUGCCCAUUUGUUCCAAGUUGAAUUUUAGACCAGAAACAGCUUUCUUUCAAGUUCUUGGUCUUGAUUACUGGAAUAGCAUUUUAGCAUUAGUUUUGGGACAAUGGAAAGCAGCAGAAAUCUCCAAGUAAAAAUUGUCAUCUUGGGUCUCCACUUGUGUGUUGCUGCUCUUUCCUUCUCUCAUUGCGAUGCAAGAAGAUCAAUGCACCUAGAAAGAGAUGAUUACAGACAUCCAAGAUCAGGCUCAAUCAUCAGACGCGCAAAGAGAAUCCAAGUAUCAAAGCGCUUUGACAUCGAUAGUGCACAAUUGGAUGAUUCAAAUACAGAACCUAAUUAUGGCGUGAGUUCACCAUUCUCUUUGCCACCUUAUGAGUCUCUUGCUCCCAUGCCCUUACCCGAAAAUGCCCCUCCGUACUGUACUUAUCCACCAUUUACCUCACAACCUCCACCUUCCACAACCAUUCCAUUUCCACCUCCUACUGGUGGAUCAGGAGGAGGAGGAGGUAGUUACACGCCAUCACUACCACCACCUUCCUCCUUUUCUACACCAACACUUCCCUUCCUAACCCCACCUCCAAGCCCAGAAGGGUCUGGUGGCGGAGUCUCAAGCCCACCACAAUCCAUUCCAUCUCCAAUCCCAAAUCCACCACAAAUUGUUCCCAGCCCUCCUACUUCUGUUGUUCCAAGCCCCCCUCCAGGAUCUGUAGUAUCAGGUCCUCCAACCUUUGUCCCGAGUCCAACUCAACCCGUUUUUAGCCCGCCUUAUUACUUUGAGCCUAGCCCACCAAGCACUGUUGUCCCAAACCCGCCUUUUAGUGUUCCAUCAGGCCCAUCCAUAUUUGUCCCGAGCCCGCCCGUGUUUCAGCCACCAGUAGUGUAUCCCCCACCUGCGGUGCCACCACCUCCAAGGACCACCCCAUUUUCAGCGUUGUGGUGCGUUUCAAAGCCGACAGUCCCAGAUCCAAUCAUUCAAGAGGCUAUGAACUAUGCUUGUGCGUCUGGAGGUGAUUGUGAUUCCAUUCAGCCAAAUGGAUCAUGUUUUCAGCCCAACACAUUGUUGGCACACGCUUCGUAUGCGUUCAAUAGCUACUGGCAAAGAACCAAGGUAGCGGGUGGCACGUGUGAGUUUGGAGGCACAGCCAUGCUGGUCACUGUGGAUCCAAGCUAUGAUGGCUGCCACUUCGUCUACUACUGAUCGAGGUUAUAUAUUGUACUACAAAGAAACCAAGAAGAUCAUCCAUCAACCCAUAUGCUCUCUCUAAAAAAUAACACCACUACAUGAUCAAUGGAAGCCUAUUGGAGAGGUCGCUUUUCAACACUCCAAUCAUUUUCUUACCGAAUGCAAAUUUUGUAACUAAAGAUAGAAUUUGUUGCAAUACUUUUGAAUAUAUAUAUACACACAUUCACUCAAAUAAGAUAUGAGGAAAUCUUUUCUAGUCAAUAGCAUUCGAGAACAAUUGCAUUGUUUAUAUGUAUAGAGAUUAAUAAAGGAAGUUGGAGGACUGGUUGGGACUC